UCUCGCGGUUUGUUAUAUUCAGGAUAAGAUAUUACAAAAUUUAUGGGAAACUAUAUUUUGGUUACAUGUGAGAAAAUUUAUGUUAAAAUUUAACUAGAAAUUAUGAUUUUUAAAUUUUCAUUAUUUUUAACAUUACAAUUAAUAUUCUUUGUUAAUUUUUAUACACCUGUUUUUACAAAGAAGCAAAAUAAACUUAGGUUUUGCAUUGUGAACAGUUUUCAUACUCACAAUACAAUUGAAAAUGUUUGUCAAAAUCUAGUCCAAUCAAAAAAUAGCAAAGUAGAGUGUAUUAUUGAAACUGACAGAAUACAAUGUCUAAGAUUGUUAAUAAACGAUCAAGCAGAUUUUAUGUCAGCGGAACCUGAGGAUUUAAUAGUUCUUGCAUUGAAUAAAGAGAACAAUAAUAAAAUUCUAGUCACACAUGAAUUGAGAGUAUGGGAAAAUGAGUAUUCUAGUUUUAAAACAGUCGUAGUGGUGCGAAAAGACAUUGAAAAUUUAUGGCACACUGAGAAUAGACAUCUUUGUUUACCAGGCUUUGAAAAAAAUUCCGUUCUUUUAGAUUACAUAAAAUUUUUGGAGACAAAAUUCGUUUCUUCUGACUGUAGUCUAGAGAAGAGUUUACUAGAAAAUAAAUUAUCAGCUUUGUCACAAUAUUUUGAAUCGGCUUGCAUCAGUGGUCCAUGGACAAAUGAUGAGCAAAUCGACAUGCAAAUGAAAAAAAAAUAUGGAAAUUUGUGUUCACGAUGUAAAAAUAGUCUAAAAUGUUCGAAGGAUGAUAAAUUUUAUGGAAAAGAAGGAGUUUUACUAUGCUUAACUGAAGGUGGGGGAGAUAUUGCAUGGGCAAGAUUAAAUUUUGUUCGUUCUCACUUCAAGCGAUUUGGAGGUGAAGAAGAUUAUAAUUUUCUCUGUCCCGAUGGUUCAACUAGAAAAUUAACAGAUGAUCCUUGCAUUUGGUUCGAAGAACCCUGGAGAACAACUAUUGCCAGAAAAAUAAUCGCUGAAAAAGUUUCGAAAUUUAUAUCCGAUCAAAAUAAUCAAGUUGGAGAUUUUUUAACACUUUUGCAAUAUGAUCUUCAUAGAACACCAGUCAGUACUGAAACUCUAAAAACACCAGAGGAUUAUUUUAAAUUAUCAUUUCCUGAUUAUUAUUCUCUAAAGGAUUAUUUACAAUGUAAACCAGAUCGACGUAUAAAAUGGUGUGUAACUACAAAUUUAGAAGUAGAAAAAUGCAAUUGGCUCUCAUAUGCUGCAAAUAGUUAUGGAAUAGAACCAUUAAUUGAAUGUGUACAAGAAUUAAAUAAAAAAAAUUGUCUAGAAUCGGUGAAAAAUAAAAGGAGCGAUAUUUUUGUCGUAAAUUCAUCAAAAGAAUUUGAAGCUAAAAUGAAGGGUUUAAAGCCAAUUAUUCACAUGGUAACAAAAAAGAAAAAUCAAACAGUAGCACUGGUAAAAAAAUUUUCGAAUAUAAAAUCGUUUAAAGAUCUAAAAAAUCAAAAAGCUUGUUUCUCGGGUUACAGAGAUAUUGGAUGGAAUACAUUUAUUUAUUUAAUGAAAAAUUUAACUGGAGAUAAUAAUUGGUACUGUAAAGACAAGGAAAUGGUUUCUCAAUUUUUUAAGGAAAGUUGCGUGUUUCAUUUAAACAAACAAGAUUUUUCCACUUUUCCAAAAAAUCUCUAUUCACUCUGCUCGCAUCUAAAUUUUAGCAAUACAAACAAUACAGUAUUAAAUUGUUUGGAUUCUGACAUUGCCAACGUGUCUUUUUUAAAUUUUAACUCAGUAAAUCCAUUUUCAUCAAAAUAUUCAGAGGUGUAUUAUAGAACUCUUUGUAGAAAUGAAUUUAUGGAUAACUCUAAUAUGGAACAUGAAUGCCUUUUAUCACAGUCAACACUCGGAUCGAUAAUGGUAAAUCAAAAUGUAACAUCAUCAAGGGAAGAAGAUAUCUCUCUGUUAUUUAUGAAUAUUAAUGGAUUAUUUGGGGAAACUUAUCAGGGAACGACUCCUUUAAUGAAUCUUCAUGGUCCCUUUGAAGGACAGAUGAAUAUUAUUUUUUCAGAAUUCACUGAAUUUAUACGAGAUGCUAAUAAAAAUUAUCGCACAUUGAAUUAUAAUGAAAUUAUGGAAAAUUGGGGAAAAGAACAAUUAUGCAAUAAAGCUGAUUUUUUACGAAAUUUCAUUUACAUUUCAAUUCUUCUACCGAUUAUUAUUUGUUUAUUAAGCUACUGGACAGAGCACCUUUUAGACCGUUUUCUAAUUGAAAUAUCUCAAAACAAAAGAUUGCAAAAAAAAAACGCGAUUUAUGAACAAGUUUUUAAAUUUAAAUUAAUAAAUAUGUUUUUUAAAGAGUGGAUCAUUCUAAUAACAAGUUAUGUUUUUAUCAUUAAUUUUCAAUCAACCGUUUUAGCUGAAAAGCACAAACUUCGAUAUUGUAUGGUGGACGAUACCAUAUCCCAUGAAAUGAAAAAUUCGGAAACAUGUCCCAUUUUAGUAGAUUCAGCUAAUCCUCAAGUCACAUGUAUCGUUGCUAUUGAUAGAGUGACUUGCUUACGACAUUUACUUGCCGAUGAAGUAGACUUUAUUGUUGCGGAACCGGAGGAUCUUAUGAUUUUUGGAUUUUCUCAAGAGUACAAUAAUAAAAUUCUAGUAACACACAUUUUACCAUCAAUGCCAACAGAUUCAGAAAAUUCCCAAAUGGUCGUAAUUGCUCGCAAUAAUAUACAGGAUAUUUUACACACGGAGAAGAAACGUUUCUGUUCACCUGGAUUUGAACCGGGUGUUUUAGUUCGAGAUUACGUUAAAUACUUUGAAAGCAUAAUAACUCCACGAAAAUGUGAUCCAGAUAAAUCUCUAUUAGAAAAUAGAAUGUCUACUUUAUCGGAAUAUUUUUCAUCUGCAUGCAUCAGUGGUCCAUGGACGGUUGAUUAUCAACGCGAUCAAAAAUUAAAAAAAACAUAUUCAAAUCUUUGCGCUGAAUGUGGUGAUUCAACAACAUGUUCACAUGAAGAUUCAUUCUUUGGAAAAUGGGGAGCUUUAAAAUGUCUAUUGUCAAUGAAAGGCGAUGUUACUUGGGCUACUCUUCACGCUGUUAAACAACAUGAUUUAAAAGAAUACAAGGAUGAAUAUUCUUUCCUCUGUCGCAAUGGAAAGACAAAAAAAUUGACAGAUAAACCUUGUGUUUGGCUUAAAGAACCACAUCGAAUGAUUGCAGUCACGAUGAAUUCUGCUGAAAGAGUUGGAAGAUUCAUGAAAAAUCCAGCAAAUAUGAAUGAUUUAUGGAGACUUUUUGUAGGAUUGCCAAAAGCUAUCGAGUUGCCAGCAACACCUCUCGAUUACUUACAGAGAUCAUUUCCGGAAUAUUAUUCAUUAAAGGAUUACGCAAAAUGUACUCCCGAUAGGACAAUCAAAUGGUGUGUAACAACAUCUUUAGAAGCUGAGAAAUGUAAAUGGCUCUCGUUUGCUGCUCAAAGUCAUGGAUUGGAGCCUUUGAUCAAAUGUGUACAAGAAACGAGUCGCGAGAAUUGCAUGGAAUCAGUGAAAAAUGGAACGAGUGAUAUUUUUGCAGUUGAAUCUCGCGAGGAAGAUGAAGCAAAAAAACGAGGACUUAAGGCAAUUGCAUAUAUGAUGAUGAACAACGAACACGAAGAUAUAACAGUCGCUUUAGUACGAAAGUUCUCAAAUUUUACUUCUCUUCUCGAUCUACAAAAUCACAAAGCCUGUUUCCCAGGUUACAGAGAAUUUGAAUGGAAUGCUUUUCUUUACACAAUGAAAAAAUUAACCGGCAACCCUGAAUGGUAUACUAAAGACAAGGAGAUGGUUUCCAAAUAUUUCAAUGAAAGUUGUGUAGCUAAUUUGCAUAAUGGAAAUGAAUCGGAAAAAAAUUUUCCAAAUAAUUUAUAUUCAUUAUGUUCAAUAAGUACACAAACAAAAGUUCCCAAAGUACAACAUAUUUCAAGACAAACGCGUAAUCCAUCUAUGAUUGUGGAAAAAUUUGAAAUGCCCAAGAAGGAAGAAAUUCGAAAUUCAGAUCAUGCAAUGUUUAACUGUUUGACGCACAAUAAUGCCGAUGUAGCUUUUGUUAAUUUGAGUUCACUUAUGCAUAUGUACCCAGAUCUAAUUGGAACUACUUUUCGUGUGAUUUGUCUGAAUGAAUCGAAAACAGUGGAUCAGUGUUAUUCAGCUAAAAAAUCUCUAGGAUCGUUAGUUAUACAUAAAAACGUUACAAAAGCGAGAAAAGAUGACAUUUACUAUAUGCUAUUGGAUAUUGAUCGAAUAUUUGGUAUCACUUACCAAAUUAUCAGCAAAUUAAUUACUCUAUAUGGUCCUAUCAACGGUACGAAUGGCGUCAUUUUCCCUGAAGGUACUCAAUUUUUAGAUCCCAUAGCCUGUCAUUCACCAUGCAAAUUGAACUAUAAUGAAAUUUCAAAUGAUAUUUCAACCUAUUUUCAUAAAACAGAUGCUUCUUCAAAAUCCCCUGUCACAGCGAUUUUAGUAUUCUUUUGUGUUUUAUGUUUUAUUUUAUUUCUUUUAUUUUUAAGAAAAUUUAAAAAUUAUUAAUUUCGUUUAAAAUUUUUAUAAAUUUAAUUCUGUGACGCCAAAUAAUUGAAUUUUUUAACAAAGAAUAUUGUAUAUAUAACAAAAAUAUUAUUUAAAUAAUUAAUGAAAUAACUUUUCAAUGUAUAGAUAACGAAAUAAUUUUAUUAUUAACAAUGAAUGUAUUUUUUUAUUGAUAAAAACAUAAUUUAUUGUGUGUGAGUGACUUAGAUGAAUAAAUUAAUUGCAAGUGCUCUCUCAA